CUCUUUCAUUUCACUUUCAAUCAAAUGUUAUAAAGGAAUUACUCUCAAACUAUUAUUUUUAUUUUUCUUUGACAGUUACAGAAACUUUCUGUGAAGAAUGACGUCAUCAAUGGCGAUUUCUUCUUCAUCAUCAUCUUCAGUUGUGGUGUUAAUGGUUCCAUUCCUAGCUCAAAGUCAUCUAGACCAAUCCCUAAAACUCAGCCAUGUCAUUUCUUCAUACAACAUCCCAGUCCACUACGUUAGCUCAACUCUCCAUAUUACCCAACUCAAAUCUCGAUCCUCAAACCCAUCAACCGAAAUCCAUUUCCACAGCUUCGAAAUACCACUUCUCCACCCUCAACCUCAACCCACUGAUCCUCUUCUCCUUCUUGACACCAGAACCAAGAAUUUCCAAGCCCAAAUCCUCAGGAUCCAAGCCUCGACUCACCUCCGAGAACCAAUCGCCGCUCUUCUCAGCUCACUUUCACAAAACUCAAAACGACUCGUCGUUGUUUACGAUGUCUUAAUGAGUUCGGCAGUUCAGGAUGUCGUUUCUCUUCCCAACGCAGAAUGUUACUCCUUUCAUCCCCUCUCUGUGUUUAUGGGUUUAGCCAUUAAUAAAAAACUCAGUAAUAAUCUCCCAAUCCCAAGUCAAGAUAUUCCAUCAAUGGAGUCGUGCUUACCAGAUUUCUCUCGAGAAUUCCUAGCUUCCCAAUUGAAACUUCCGAUAUCAGAUUUCAAAUCUGGGUCUCUUCACAACAGUUGCAGAGCCAUCGAAGGGUCUUCGAUAGAGAUUUUGGAAAACGAAGAAAGAAAGUUAAACCGAAAGAUUAGAGAGAUUGCUAUUGGGUUGGAAGAGAGUGGGGUGAAGUUCAUUUGGGUUUUGAGAGAAGGAGAUAAGUUAGUUGAUUUGGGGAAGAGAUUGAGUCAAGUUCCAGAUGGGUUUGAGGAAAGAAUGAAGGGAAUGGGAAUGGUGGUGAGGGAAUGGGUGCCCCAAGUGAAGAUUUUGGGGCACUCAUCUACAGGUGGGUUUAUGAGUCACUGUGGUUGGAAUUCUUGUAUGGAGAGUAUUGGAAUGGGAGUGCCCUUAUUGACUUGGCCAAUGCAAUCAGACCAACCUUUCAAUGCAUUGUUGAUUACAAAGGUUCUGAAAGUGGGUGUGGCUGUAAUGGAGUGGAGUCAAAGAAAUGAGUUGGUUACUUCUUCCAUGAUUAGCAGAGGUGUGAGGAGAAUAAUGGGUUCAGAUUCAGAAGAAGGAGAUGAGAUAAGGAAGAGGGUUGUGGAAAUGAGUGAAGGUGUUAAACAAUCUGUUGAGGAAGGUGGUGAUUGUCGUAUGGAGUGGGAUUCUUUCAUUGGACAUAUUACCAGAUAGUUGAAGACACUCGUAGCAGAGUUAGAAGUGGUUGGUUGAGUAAGUUAUGUUUGUUAUUCUAUGAAGUUGGUAUUGUUCUGUGUUUUCUUCUCUAAAGUGGUUUAUAUUUAAUAACUAUUUUUACUAAUAAUAUUUAUAUAUUUAUAUAUAAUAUGUAUGAAAUUGAAUGUGAGAUGAUGUAA